AUGGCUAGUACAACUCCGGUUAUUCUCAUUCUCGGUUCGGGACCCAAUAUCGGCCAGCAUGUGGCUCAGGCUUUUACUGCAAAGGGCUACAAAGUUGCCCUUGCAUCUAGGAGCCUUAAGGAAGAAGCCAGCAAUGCGGACCAGGUUCACAUUUCCGCCGACCUAUCCGAUCCCCAUUCCGUGAAGGGCAUCUUUUCGAAAGUCAAGGCAUCGCUCGGUCUGCCAAGUGUUGUUGUUUACAAUGCAUCUGCCGGUGCUCCGAACAAUCCAGCGGACCCCUUGUCUAUUCCCUUGGCCGACUUUAGUCGAGACUUGCACGUUAACACGACUAGUGCGUUUGUCGCUGCACAACAGGCGGCUUUAAGCUUCGAGAGACUCCCCGACCAUAGCUCCAAGACAUUCAUCUACACUGGCAAUAUACUCAACGAGACCACAAUUGCAAGUCUUCUGGAUGGUGGUGUGGGCAAAUCUGCAACGGCCCACAUCAUUCGCUCUGCUGCUGCCGCAUACUCCGAUAAAGGCUAUAAGUAUGCGCUUCCUUCUUUCGCUCUGGUAGUCUUGAAAUUGACGAAACGCAGAUUCUAUUAUGCCGAUGAGCGGAAGCCUGAUGGGACACCUGCGUACUCUAAGAUCAGUGGCGAGGCACAUGGAAAAUUCUAUGCCGAGCUCGCAGAGCACAAGUCUCAAGGUCCUUGGCAACAGACUUUUGUCAAGGAUGUAGGAUACAAGCACUUCCCAGCUACUUGA